AGUCCAUCUCACUCUCACCACAGGGACCAAGCACCGUAGUCGUCGACAGUCGAGUCGACACUAGGCUUAUCCUCGUCCCUCCGCCCCAACAAGCCCACAUCGGCCGACGCGGACGCCGGCGAGGCGCGCGCUACCACCUUCUCCUCUUCCUCCGCAACCAUGUCUUCUGUCCACUUCUUUCCCGCCACCUCGCAGCCUCCCGCCGCCGCCCGCCUUCUCAAACCGUCCCAACAACCUCCCCUCCAGAACCCCGCCUUGGCUACCGCCGCCUUCCGCCGCAGCAAUGCACAGAGCAUCCCGCACCUCCGCCUCAGGAGGCGAGUUCGUUCCACCGCGAAAACACCGCCCGAUGCACCGCCCGUGGGCCCCGACGGCGGCGGCGGAGGAGGGGAUGGGGGUGGAGGUGGAGGGGAUGAGGAUGGAGAGGGGGAGAAGAAGGGGUUGCUUCCGGAGUGGCUUAACGUGACGACGGAAGACGCGAAGACGGUGCUGGCAGCCGUGGCCAUCUCCCUCGCCUUUCGCUCGUUCGUCGCUGAGCCGCGCUUCAUCCCCUCGCUCUCCAUGUUCCCCACCUAUGACGUCGGCGACCGCAUUGUCGCGGAGAAGGUUACAUACUACUUCAGAAAGCCUUGUGUAAAUGAUAUUGUAAUCUUCAAAAGUCCGCCAGUGCUACAGGAGGUCGGCUAUACCGAUAAUGAUGUUUUCAUCAAAAGAGUAGUUGCCAGGGCGGGAGAUAUUGUUGAGGUUCAUAAAGGAAAACUAGUUGUGAAUGGUGAGGCUAGAAAUGAAGAAUUCAUUCUUGAGCCACCUUCUUAUGACAUGAACCCAGUGCAAGUGCCUGAAAAUUCAGUUUUUGUAAUGGGAGAUAACCGAAAUAACAGUUAUGACUCCCAUGUGUGGGGCCCUCUUCCUGCAAAGAACAUAUUGGGAAGAUCCAUUUUUCGGUAUUGGCCUCCUGGUCGAAUAGGGAGUACUACGGUUGGUUGCAACGAUGCUGAAACGAACGAUGCUGAAACGAAACCAGACUCACUCGUUGAUGCCAAAUUGACAAAGUAGAAGUUUAAUUAGUUAAUGUGGAGUAAGUUCAACCUUCACGCUGUAGGGGUUUUCCCCUACAGUUUUCAGUCAAAAAAAGUUCAACCUUCACAUGAAGUCCUAUUUUAGAUUUUUCCUCUUCUCUAGAAAUUCAUUGAGGAAUAUAUUUCUGAGGGAGUAUUUAGAAAUCAGAGAGGGGAACAAUUUUGGUUCCCCAUGAAAUUAGAUGGCCACAAGCAUAGAAACCAUUUUGUUCCAAGGUUUCUGGUUGCUCUGCCCCCCUGCCCUUGUUGUAUAUUAAGGAAAAUUGUUGUUUAUAUCCUAUCCUAGUGAUGCAAAAAAAAAAAAAAUCUGCUAUUCAUCAUCAA